AUGGCACCCGCCAGGAAGUCGUCCAUGUCGAAAUGGUCUGAACAGUACGAUACCAUCAAACGAGAGCAGCUCUUUCGGGAUCCGCCCAGCAAUAAAUCCGCAUACCCACUACUCCAAGAGGCGAUCAAACCCCACGUCGAAUCUUGGAACUACGUCUUCGCCGAGAAUGGACAGCUUCAGCACGGUCUUCGAGACAUCGGCACCAAAACUUUUCUGGAUGGCAAUGGGCAAGAGCCAGGCGCGAGGAGGAAUAGGCUGCAGGUCAGAGUGAGGCAGGUCUUCCUCGAUAAGAGUACAUUGCCGCAUACGAACAAGGUGGAAGCUGUCAAGAGGGAGAUUCUGCCAGUGGAGUGCAGAGAGCGGCACGUAACAUACAGAGGGAGGUUUCGAGGACGGCUGGAGUAUCGCAUCAACAAUGGCGAGUGGAAAGAGACCGUGCGCGACUUUGGAUAUCUACCCAUCAUGUUGCGAUCGAAUCGAUGUCAUCUGGAAGGACUGUCGCCGAAAGAGCUGGUCAAUCGAAGAGAAGAGACGGAAGAGCUUGGUGGAUACUUCAUUGUCAACGGUAUCGAGAAGCUGAUACGGAUGUUGAUCGUCAAUCGGAGAAACUUUCCCAUGGCUAUCAUUCGACCUUCGUUUGAGAACCGAGGACCAUCAUACACAAAGUACGGCGUGACCAUUCGAUCUGUGCGGCCGGAUCAGACAUCACAGACGAAUGUUCUACACUACCUGAGCGAUGGAAAUGUCACAUUUCGAUUUUCAUUCAGGAAGAACGAGUACCUGGUACCGGUGUUGAUGAUCUUGAAAGCUUUGGCAGAAACGAACGACCGAGAGAUCUUCGAGUGCAUCGUUGGCCCAGCAGGUGGGAAGGGACUUGAAAGCAAGCAGUUCGUCACAGACAGAGUCGAGCUGCUUCUUCGAACAUACAAGGCCUACAAUAUCAACAGUCGAACGAAGACUAGAGCAUAUCUGGGGAACAAAUUUCGAGUGGUGCUGGGAGUUCCAGAGGAUUUGACUGAUGAAGAGGCUGGGACUGAGUUCUUGAGGAAAAUCGUGAUGCCACACCUCGGAUCCUACGAUGUCACAGAGUCAAACGAUGCCGACAAAUUCAGGAUGCUGCUUUUCAUGAUUCGAAAGCUUUACGCCUUGACCGAGGGCGAGUGCACAGUCGACAAUCCCGAUGCAGUGCAAAAUCAGGAGAUCCUACUUCCUGGGUUCUUGUACGGAAUGCUUCUCAAAGAGCAGGUCGACGAAUGGCUGGGAUCGAUAGGCCUGAGUUUACGGGAAUGGGGACGAAAUAAUCAGUGGCCCUCCUUCACAAGCCCGCAAUUCGAAAAGGACUUCAUGCCGAAGGUGAUAAGAAAAACGAACGAGAACCUUGGCCAGAAAGUAGACUACUUUCUUUCGACAGGCAAUCUCGUCAGCCCAACUGGUCUCGAUCUGCAGCAAGUGUCGGGUUUCACGGUUGUGGCAGAAAAGAUCAACUUCUACCGAUUCAUCAGUCAUUUCCGCAUGGUCCACAGAGGAAGCUUCUUCGCGCAGCUGAAGACGACGACGGUUCGAAAGCUGUUACCAGAAAGUUGGGGAUUCUUAUGCCCUGUCCACACUCCAGACGGAUCGCCAUGCGGUCUGCUGAACCAUCUCGCACAUAAGUGUAAGAUUUCGACCUCGAAUUCAGACUCUUCCAGCGUACCUGCGCUUGUGUCCCAGCUUGGCGUGACGAGCACUUCCGAAGCGACCAUCAACGACAGUGUGGUAGUGCAGCUUGAUGGCCGAAUACUGGGCUUCUGUUCGCCAAAGCAAGCGAAGACCAUUGGCGACACUCUUCGGUACUGGAAGGUUGAGGGCACUCACAACGUCCCGCUCGACCUUGAGAUUGGCUAUAUUCCCCUAUCAAAUGGUGGCCAAUAUCCUGGUGUCUACAUGUUCUCUGAAGCUGCAAGGAUGAUUCGACCUGUGAAGUAUCUUCCUCUGGAGAAGCAGGACAUGGUUGGUCCUUUUGAGCAGCCUUUCAUGUCCAUCGCCUGUACCGAGCCUGAAGUUGCAUCUGGAGAUUCCACGCACGUCGAGUACGAUGUCACCAACAUUCUUUCGAUUGUCGCGAAUCAGACCCCGUUCUCCAACUUCAACCAGUCGCCAAGAAACAUGUACCAAUGUCAGAUGGGCAAGCAAACGAUGGGUACCCCUGGAACAGCACUCAAAUACAGAACCGAUAACAAGACAUACCGACUACAAACUGGCCAAACGCCAGUUGUGAGGACACCGAAACAUAACGAGUAUGGCCUUGACAAUUUCCCCAAUGGAACGAAUGCUGUGGUCGCUGUCAUCUCAUACACUGGCUACGACAUGGACGAUGCCAUGAUUCUGAACAAGUCAGCUCACGAGAGAGGGUUUGGACACGGAACGAUCUACAAAGCCAAGAAAAUAGACCUUGCAGAAGAGAACAAGACAGGGCGCAAUCGAUCAGCCGUGACGACAAUGUUCGGCUUCGCACCAGAGAGCAUAAUCAAGGCGCAAUGGCGAGAGAGCUUGGACGACGAUGGACUGCCACGGGUGGGCAUCAAAAUCAGAGAGGGAGAUGCAAUCGCUGCAUCGUACUCUGUCGUCAAGGAUCCUCUGACCGACGAGUACGUCAACAAGGAUGGAGUCACUCACAUCCACAGAUACAAGGACUCUGAAGAGGCCUUCGUGGAAGAGAUCAAGCUCAUUGGCAACGAAUCUGGCAACAACGAUCCCUGCCAAGCCGUCAGCAUCCGCUUCAGAUUACCUCGUUCUCCAGUCAUCGGUGACAAGUUCUCUUCGCGACACGGACAGAAGGGUGUCUGCUCACAGAAAUGGCCGACCAUCGACAUGCCGUUCACAGAGAGUGGAAUGCAGCCGGAUGUCAUCAUCAACCCUCACGCUUUCCCAUCUCGAAUGACGAUCGGCAUGUUCGUCGAGUCGCUGGCUGGCAAAUCCGGGGCACUGCACGGCCUUGCCCAAGACUCAACUCCAUUCAAGUUCAAAGACAAAGAGGGCGAGACCGCGGUGGAGUACUUUGGCCACCAGCUCAAACGCGCUGGCUACAACUACUACGGGAACGAGCCCAUGUACUCCGGCAUCACUGGCGAGGAGCUGGCAGCUGACAUCUACAUCGGCGUCGUCUACUACCAACGUCUCCGACACAUGGUCAACGACAAAUACCAAGUCCGAACAACAGGCCCCGUCACCCCCCUCACAGGCCAACCGAUCAAAGGCAGAGCCAAAGGCGGUGGUAUCCGAGUCGGAGAAAUGGAACGCGACGCCCUCCUCGCCCACGGCACCGCUUAUCUCCUCCAGGACCGCCUGAUGAACUGCAGCGACUACACCAAAGCCAACAUCUGCAAGAAAUGCGGCAGUUUCUUGUCCACGCAGCCCAGCUCCGGCCAGUACAGUCGGCGGAGAGAGGGUGGACGUGUGAGGUGUCGGAGGUGUAGUCGCAAGGCUCUGCCUUCUGAUCCGAAGAGCGAGUGUUGGGAGGAUCGGAAGGGCGGAAAGUGGUUUGGUGGUGAUGAGGUUACGGUUGUUGCUGUGCCGGGGGUGUUGAAGUAUCUUGAUGUGGAGCUGGCUGCUAUGGGGAUUCGGAUGAACUUUGAGGUUGGGCCAUAG